CUCUGAAUCCUGGACAUCUGCCAGAGGCUGCUGGAAGGGACACAGGCAGUCAGGCACCAACGCCUGCACACAGUUGCUUCCUUACCCUCAUUCUCCAGGUAGAGGUCAUGUGAGAUCUGAGCUGGAAUGGAGCAUGACUCACAUACCACGUGGGAAUUCAAUGGCUCCUUCUAUCAGCCUUCAGCUUUCCUCAUGAUGGGCAUCCCAGGCCUGGAAACCUUUCAUCACUGGAUCUCCAUCCCUUUUUGUGUACUCUACCUUAUUGCUCUCUUGGGAAACUGCAUGAUCCUAUUCAUCAUAAAGAAGACCCAAAGUCUUCACGAACCUAUGUACUACUUUCUCUCCAUGCUAGCAGUCACUGACCUGGGCCUGGUUUUAUGUACACUGCCUACUACACUGGGCAUUUUUUGGUUUAAUAUCCGAAGGAUUGGUUUUGAUGCUUGUCUCACUCAGAUGUAUUUCAUCCACAUACUGUCCUUCAUUGAAUCCUCUGUGCUCCUGGCAAUGGCAUUUGAUCGCUUCAUUGCCAUCUCCCAUCCACUGAGAUACCCAUCCAUACUGACCAAGACGACUGUCACAAAGAUAGGUCUGACAAUCAUACUGAGAGCUAUGGUCUCUCUUCUUCCAAUACCCUUCUUGCUCAAGAGGUUAACCUACUGUGGGAAGACUGAGCUUUCUCAUUCUUUUUGCUUCCAUCCUGAUAUCAUGAACCUAGCAUGUGCAGAUAUAAAAGUCAAUGUCUUUUAUGGUAUGAUUGCUUUGUUUUCAACAGUAGGGAUGGACUUUAUCUGCAUUGUGCUGUCCUACGUCCUGAUCAUUAAAACUGUUAUCAGCCUAGCAACUAAAGAGGAGUGUCUCAAGGCUUUGAAUACAUGCGUCUCCCAUAUCUGUGCUGUCCUAAUAUUCUUCAUCCCAAUGAUUGGACUGUCCAUGAUUCAUCGUUUUGGAAAGAGCUUUCCUCCUCUGGUUAACACUUUGGUGGCCUACACUUACCUUAUAAUCCCCCCUGCUCUCAACCCCAUUAUCUACAGCAUAAAAUCCAGCCACAUCCGCGAGGCUUUGAUCAGGGCACUGAGGAGGAAGUGUGAAUCUGAGUGGUAGGCUCUUCCACCAGCUCUGCCAGAAAAUGCUGGUGGACUUUUUCCUUGGUCAGAACUGGUGGACUGGUUUCUUAGUGCUGCACCUGUGGGUGUCACUGCCAGGCAAAGGAACUGCACGUCUGUUCAGACAUUAUCCCCCAACCCAGAGCUGUGAUCUUUCAUGUUUCAUACUAGCAUGAUGCUUGGCCCUUUCCAACAGCCUGCACACCCCAGGCGUGGAAGCUGCACUUGUGGGGGAGCAAUUACAGGAAAAUGAGCUUCUCCUUUUGAGUUACACAAUGGAGUGGAGCAAGGAACCUAUGGAAUAUAUUUUAUGGCAUCCAGCAGCAACAUAAUAAGUAGGCUUCACCUAGGCUCCCACACUGCGUGUUGCCACAUAACUAGUCAAGACCACAAGCUCUGCAGGACAGGACAGAGGCCAAAAGAGUCUGAUUUCACUUUCCAUAUCAGAGUGAGUAAUUUUGUUCAACUGGAAACAUCCCAUAAGAUGGAGAUCAUUUCCAGAGGUUGAGCACAGUGUUGUUGUUUGGGAGAUCACAUCAUUUCAAGUGAACCUACAACACUCGGUUUGCCUAACAAAUGGCUCAGCCUUAACCUUCACAGAAUCACAGAAUUAUCAAGGUUGGAAAAGACCUAGAAGAUCAUCUAGUCCAACCAUAGAUCAUCUAGUCCAACCAUAAUACAUAAUUCAUCUGUAUUUCUAAACUGCCAUAGACAUUUACAGUGCUGCUUCUGUGCCUCCUCUUGCUUUCAUUGAGCCUUACUAUCCUACCAAGUCUAAUGUUUGAGCUAUUGUUUUUUUGCAUUGAAUGUAAAGUGUGUCUACCAUAUAUUCUAAUAAAAUACACAUAUCAUUGAAAAGGAAAAAAAAAGAAAAAAAAAGACAAAGCCUCUUUUUUUUCUGCUUAUCUAAUGUAGAGAUAAUAGGUUGGAGUUGUUUAAAGUCUUCAGGAUUGGCUGUACGUGGGUACAGCACUGUAUGAGUUUAGGUGUGCGUCAGGAUGGUGCUGGGGGGUCGGGUGUGGAUAUCUCUCUUACUGAAGAGAGCUUAAAAACUAAAUCAGGAGUGGUUAAUCUUCCUUACAUUACAGACCAUGUACUGUAGUACAUCCUUCCAGCUAGGAUCCACCAGGCACCAGAAGCCCCCCUCAGAGGGAUGGGAAAUGGAGAUCUCCAGGGUCAGGUCACAUACUGAGGUGUCAGUGUCUCCAAGCAUCUUCUUGCUCUUCACCAAGAUGGAUCUCAGCCAGGCAAGCAGAAGGGUUUCACCACCCUCUUGGCUUGCUUCAUCCCACAGAAAGAAUGAAACUGCCCCAGGUGUUUCAUACCUCCUGUGUGUUGUAUUUUAUUGGUUUUAAGCCACAUUUGGGGCAGACUGGGCCUUCAUGCAAAGAAGGAAUGGUUACCAUUUACCUCGUGAGGGUGAAGUAGCAGAGUAUUGGGGCAGCAUUGCAUAUCAGAACUGGGCUGUUGCUAAGCUUCAGACUAACCCAGUAUUGGUGUCUUUUUCUUUUUUGGUGUAUUUGCAUCUGCACUUCUAAUAAGGACAGAGAAGAAUAAUGAGAAUACUUUUCCAUAAGAAAACAGAAAGGGAGAAGGGAAGAUUCCCAAGGGGAGGACUCUCCAGGCGCUCUUUGCAUUGUGUUGUGCUAGUUGUUUUGCUGACUGCCCCCGUGGGCCCUCACAGAGGGUGAAAUACUGUUCAGCAGAACAUCACAAGAGCUUCUGUCCAACCAGUAGGCACAGCAGCUCCUGCUCACACUGAGUAGCACUUGGUGGGAGCUCUUUGCUCAGAAUGCCUAUGGUCCAGCCUGGUGCUGGUAGCCAGCUGCUAUCAGAGGAGUAGGAGAACAAGUAAAUCUUUUGGCAUGGAAGUCUUAAAAAAAGAGCUUUGCUUGGAGAUGCUCAGAGUGCAGGAUCCUCAAACAGCACAGUUCCUUGACUGAAAACUUGCAGGCUGUUCUCAGAAGCAACAGAAGCCAGAGGUGCCUUUGCUCCAACAAGGACACAUGCAUUUGGAUGGUGGUGGUGAGACAGAGGAAAUGCACAGGGUAUGUAUUAGUGCAGCUGGAAAGUAUGCUGCAGUGAGGAUGCAGUGCGUUUGAUGCACCUCCAUCACCCAGUUCAGCAGAGCUUCAUUUGCCUCCACGUUUCCUUCCCAAAUGGAGUAUCUGGAGGGCACCAGGCAGCCAUUCAGGAUCUGAGAAGCUGUAUAAGGUACUGUCCAUUAGGAACACACAGUCACAGAUCGUAGUGUCUGCUUCUGGGAAUGGGAAAGUUAAUUGUGGUUUGACAUCUGUGCAAGUGAAAAAAAGGCAAGCCAUUUAAACCGGCUAAUUUCUAUUCUGUGAUGCUCUGAGCUCUGCACUUUGUACCACAGGAUCACAUACAGUACUUACCGAUGGAUUUAUUUCCUAUGAAUCAAGAGAGCAGCAUGAGACACAUCACAGGCAUGGCUUAGCGAGGAAAGGAGAGGAGAUGGAGGAGGAACAGGAGAACAGGAU